UGUAGGUGCAAGUAGGUGUUAUAGUAAUUCGAAAUUUAUAGCAGCACGGCAGGAAUCCGGCGAUUCUACUUCGUAACCGACGAAACGCUUUGGUUAUAGAACGGUCGUGGUGAACUGAGUGCGUUAGAAAAUCCGCCAAAAUGUUGAAUUUUACAAAGAUCAACUCGCUGAAAUCGCGAAGUAUCGAGAUAGGCACCUUGCUGAAAGCCCUACCUGCAGCCUGCACCCAAGGGCGCACGUACGCGGACCAUGUAAUUCCCGACAGACUGAAAGACAUGCCCACCAACCCCAACCCGAGGUUUUUCGACAUGGUGGAAUACUUCUUCCACAAGGCUUGUGUGCUGGUGGAAGACAAACUGGUAGAAGAUUUGGGGAAGGUGAAAGGGUCCAAGUUAACUUUGCAACAGAGAAAGGCCAAAGUUAAGGGUAUCCUAACACACAUGGAACAAUGCGACCACGUUAUUGAGGUGGCUUUUCCAAUCAAGAGGGAUAAUGGGGAGUAUGAAAUCAUUAAGGGGUAUAGAGCUCAGCACAGCACUCAUAGAACGCCUUGUAAAGGAG